AUGUCCGGAAAAAGAAAGAGAGGAGAGGAAAUUGGGGCGCGUGAUGCCACGAGCGCAAAACCGCUUACCGCAAUUGCAGCAGCUCGCCUAAGAACGGAAGCGACAGCCAAAGUUGUAAAAACACCAGAAAUCACGCUUGAGCAAAUUUCUGUACCAGAAAGCCCGCUACUAGAAGCUCGGGUGCCAGAGCAGGAAGAUCCAGAUACGGAUGAGGAAGAUGUGCCUGUACAGCGCAACCUCAAACUUUGCAACUGGCGCAACGACCCACAAAACAUCAUCUCAGAAACCGAUACCGAGCUCACCAUCAACUUAAGUAAGCACGCGACUAUUGCGCUUGUUGGCUGCUUUGAAUUCACGGUACUGAGAGGCGCUAUCCAUAUCAAUGGCGCCAAUAUUGGUACAGUUGGUCGAGACGGCCAGAAGAACAAAGUGUAUCGAGCCUUUGUGCCAGCUACCAAUCCUAUAUUCAAGAUUCGCGGACUGGAUGGUACAAAUCAUAUCCUGUUUCAGCCGUGCAGUGCACCAGCGCCACUUUCUGUUAUCAAUCCACUUUUUGAUGAUAUAUGGUGCACCGAUUCUCAAGCCCAAGACGGUAGAUCGUUUAGUGUUGUGACUGAAUCAGGUGCCGACACUCUUUCCAGGCCGUUGUGCCCAGAAAUGGCACCCGAAGAUUGGCUUCGUGCUAUCGAGGAUUGUGCUGGUAGCUCAUCCAUGACGGUAGUGACUGGUUCAUUGGGUUCGGGGAAAUCAACAUUUGCGAGGCGACUCGUCAACCGUUACCUUACAGGCCUAGGAAAGACUGCUCUAUCAGUACCAGCUGUGUGCUAUAUGGAUCUUGACCCGAGAAAGCAAGAGUAUACGCCUGGAGGUCAGAUAUCACUCGUCAUCGUCAGACAACUGAACCUGGGACCAAGCUUCGCCCAUCCAUCAAUCGUGCCCGAAUCCAAAGAUAUAGUCACGGAUGAAAUAGUACGCGCACAUCCAAUCCCUGCGAACUUGGCCAACUAUUCCGACUAUUAUGAGGCGUGUGUGGAGGAUCUUCUAGUGGCAUACCGUAACCUUCACGCCCAAGACUCGUCCCUGCCAGUCAUUGUCGACACGCCUAGCUUCCUAUGCUCGCCCCACUCUGACCUUCUCGAUAAGCUCCUAGCAAGGCUGAAACCACAUAAUGCGGUUCAUCUUGGUGACACACAAGCCAUCGAUACAGAGACGGCAGCAAGACUGCAUGUACUGCAGACUAUCACGUCGCAGUACCAUGGCACAGUGCAUGAGAUUGCUGCACAACAACCACAAUUGCCGCUGAUGAGGAAGGAAGCGGAAUUAUGCACUAUGCAGAUGCAAUCCUACUUCCAUCUCAAGUCUAGCAGUACGAACCCUGGCCAGACACAAGGGUUGAGCUGGAGUUCUGAACCACUCUCUCAUCUCGUACCGUGGGAGUUUUGUUACGAAGAAACUAAUGAGCGGACGCAAGAUUUAGUCGGUUUCGCAAUGUACUCGGAGCCCGUCGAGCCUGCUUCAUUAGUCCAUGCGCUGAAUGGCUCUAUUGUCCAAAUGGUCCAGUCGACGUCAUCGAUCGUGCCAACCCCUUAUACAUCUCUUCCACGAACAAAGAGGCUUCGGAUCCCCUUCUUCCCGGAAUCCGCAUCGCUCGGUAUGGUACAGCCGUUGGAUCCUCAAACAACGAGGUUGGUUUGCACUGCAUUGAUUCGCGGCUUCGAUCCAGAGAAGAAGGUAGUGCAGGUCCUGGUACCAAAGACACACGAGUCGCUAUUGUAUAGUAUUUCACCUGAAAGGACAGUCCUGAUUGGAGGCUGCUGCGAAAUGCCAGAGUGGGCAUAUAUGGAGGACGCAUGGGUGCAGCAAAGGGCACAAAAUGCGGCACUUGGAGAUGUACCGCUCUGGGUUGAAAGAGAGCAUGUGAUAGACAGUAUGGGAUAUCUGAACACUGUAAGGAGAGUGAGAAAGUAUCAGACCUAA